AUGCGCAACGGCUUGGAAUGCCUCGAGAGGCUUUUCACCUAUAAGCGAAAACCAUCUCGCUCUUCAAAUGGAGGAGCUGACCUUGUCAGUCAACCACCGGGUCAGAGGUUUCCCUCACCUUCAUUUAUCCGGCCCAAGACAAGUCGAAUGACUGCGCGCGACGAGGUUCGCUUGCGACGAGCCACAGGACGGUCGCCUUCUGUUCCAGAAAUUCUGGCAAGUCAACGAAUGACCCGUGGUCACGCCUACAACUCGCUUCCAGCAGAUGGCAACUGCCAGCUGAGGUACAAAUCGGUGUCAUCUCCGUCCUUUACUCACCGACAAGCGGAGACCUUGGUGGCUGGACUCUGCGAAUUCCAAUUUCCCAAGCCUACCGCCCAGAACGGCGACUCGUGUUCGUCAUCACACUCGUUCGAUACGACGAGGCUGGCUGGAGUUGCUCGACUUCCUAGCCCUCGCUGCUGCUCCCCACUGGAGAGUUCUCCCUCAACACCCAGGUUGAACAACCCCCCGUCGCCUCAUCUCGAGGACGUCGGCAGUGCAUCUCAACGCCCCAUCGCAAAGCCAGGAAACCCCAAUCUUCCAGCCUGCCCCCCAACUCCUGCUCGGCUUCCUAACGAGGCAUCACGCUCAGGUGCACAAUUGCGAGGCGUCAGGUCGGCCGAUGCUCUUGACAAAUCUCCGUUCAGAGUUAUUGAAGAUCGGAUGGGCGACCUGUUUGAUCGGUGGUCUCUCAACAGAUCAUACAGCCAGUCGAGUAUUGCCCCAUCUGCCCAUUCGUUUUGCAGCUCUACUUUGAGGGAGCCCGGCGUGAAGGAGUUUCUCAAUCUCAGCGAUGACGACAUCGCGGAAUCUGCGCCAGAGAGUCCGGCCCUGGGUCCGCUUCGGCGAUUGACGACAUCGGCCCUACCUCCAAUGGACCUGUCCAUAUCAUCGUCGGAGCCACUGGCAUCAGCGCUGCUAACGCUGACGCCCCCUCGCGCAAGCCGGCCUGCUGCCGCAGCAGCCUUCGAAGCCGCAAGAAUCGCCAGACGCCACGAUUUCGACUUGGUCUACGUUGUCAAUCUUUGGCCAGACACGUCGAAGCCCAUCCAUGGCCAUGGUACACAAAAGCCCAUGAUUGGGCGGCUCCUGGCGGCGCACGGCUUGCAUCAUGUGCCUUCGCCCCUGCAGGUUGCUGCCGAUGUCCACUCGAGAAUUCUUCGAGCCGAUGGCUGGAUCGAGUAUCGGAAUCAUGAAGCCAUGCCGCAAGACUUUGCACGCGGGUACGCCUGCGCAUUUUACACGGGCCAAUACCCCCGGAACCCCUCGGCGCGAUGCGCUAGUCCAGUCUCGGGAGUUCGUCUCUCGGAGAGAAUUGACCGUGGCAUUGUCUUUGCGGCCUAUCGCAAGCCUCGCGAUGGAAAUGGUGGGCUCGGUCGCGACCUUGGUGAAGAGGAGCUGGGGGAGCUGCAUCGAGAUGCUGAGGCGCUGGUUGAGAUGGUACUCGACAUUCACGUCGCAAACAGAAAUCGCCAGCAAGCUUGGCGAGCGUCAUUAGCCGAUGAGACGGGCCCGAUUCCGGCGCAACCAAUCGAGGUUGCAUGA